UGGAUUGGAAGUCGUUACGUUUAGUGGACCCAAAAUUAUUUUCUUCGGUUUUCAACUGCUUCCUGUGUAGCUGUCACAAUGCCGUGAUGUUUUGGUUUGCGGUUCCAAUAAGCAAUUGAAUUGGAUUACCCACCAACUUAUUAAUGUGACAUGACAUGAUCUGAGCUUGAAAGGAUUCUCACGUUCAUAGCGAAAUAGUUUUGUUUAUAUACUGGAGAUAUGUGUGGAGUUUUUGGCUGCUCGGUUAUGAACAUAAGCAAAAUGGCUCCCCUCAUGACAUCCCGUCGCCUUAGGAAAUUGAGAGAUGUUGACAAGUUGUUGAGAAGUUAGAGACCCUGUGCAUCGUGCAUCAAGCUGAAUUAUAUCUUUUACCUUUAAUGAACUUUUGUAUGGAGAAACUUAAGAGUAUUUACAAAGUGAAUCUGGGACGAUCUUAUGUGAACAUAGUGAAUCUGUGACAAACGUGAAAAUAGUGCAUCGGAGACAAACUUCUGUGAACAUAGUGAAUCACCAAUCCAGUGGAGCAGUUCAUCAUGAGAGAAACAAGAUCAAGCAGAGGCAUAGGUCGCUCUGCGAGAGGACCGACGAAGACUCCAGCAUUGGAGAAAAAAAUCAACAAAAAUGAAAAGAAACUUGAGACACCCAAAAAGAAUUUGGUAGCAAGAGGUAGGAGAAUUGCUGUUGAUCUUCCAAACAAAAAAGCAGAGCUGAAACAACUAGAUAAUAAGAAUGUGGGUACCAGUGGUGACAAAAGCGUUCAUUCAGGUAAAGAAAGUCCACAGUCAUCUGUCACCUCAGAUAAGGCAAGUAGCCAAAAUAGUAGAUCUCCGAGAGGAAGGAGGAAGACUCCAGCAUUGGAGAAAAAAGCCAGCAAACAAAAAGAAAAACUUGAAACUGCCAUUAAGAAUUCAGUAGAAAAAGAGGGCAAAAUUGCUGUGGAUCCUCCAAACGUAAAAGUAGUGUUGAAAAAACUUGGUGAUAAUAUGGGUGGUGACAAAAGUGUUCAUUCAGUUGAAGAAAAUGCACAGUCAUCUGUCAUCUUAAACAAGACAAACACCCAAAAUGAACAUCAAGUGGGUAAUCGACAUGCAGUUUCUUCAAAAACAGGUUUGGUGGAAAAUGAGAAAGAGCAGGAAUCCAAGAAAGACGAUUUUGAUCUUUUUGAAGAUGAGGAGGUUUUGAGAAUUAUUGCAGACUUGGAGGAAAUUUUUGUUGAUUUCCCAGAGCUAAUUGAGGCCAGUGAGACAAAGCAGUUAGAUGAUGAGAAACCCUCUAAUGUUAAGCCACAGAAACCCUGUGAUGUUGAGUCUGAGAAGAAACCCAGUGAUGUUGAGCCAGAGAAAAAACCCUGUGUUGAGCCAGAGAAGAAACCCUGUGAUGUUGAGCCUGAGAAGAAACCCAGUGAUGUUGAGCCAAAGAAGAAACCCUGCAAUGUUGAGCUAGUGAAGAAACCCUGUGAUGUUGAGCCAGAGAAAAAACCCUUUGAUGCCAAACCUGGGAAACCCUCUGAUGUUGAGACUGGGAAACAUCCUGGUGUUGAGUCAAAGAAAUCCUCUUAUGUUGAGCCAAAGAGAGAUGUUGGACCAGGUAAAUCCUCUGAUAUUAAGCCAAAGAAGCCUGAUGUUGAGCCAGAAAAACCCUCUGGUAUUGAUCUAGAGAAACCCUCCGAUGUUCAGCCCAAGAAACCCUCUGAUAUUGAGCCAGAGAAACCUGAUGUUGAGCAUGGUAAACCCCCUGAUUGUAAGCUAGGGAAACCCUCUGGUGUUGAGCCAGAGAAACCCUCUUGUGUUGAGCCAGAGAAACCCUCUUGUAUUGAGCCAGAGAAAUCCUCUGGUGUUGAGCCAGAGAAAUCCUCUGGUGUUGAGUCAGGGGAACCCUCUGAUGUUAAGCCAAAGUGUAAUAAUAGUCCUUACAAUGAGACACAGUACAUUGUGAAAAGCUUAGAAAAUGACAAAAAAGAAGAAAAACCUUUGCUAGCUAAAGAGGUUGGUGGGCUAACAAAACAUGGACCUUACAGUCGUAUUUUGUGUGUGGGAGACUCACGCAUGCAGUCACUUGAGGAGUUUUGGCCAGAAUAUCCAUUUAUUAAACCCCAGUUUCUCAUUGCACCCCAUUUAAGACUUGAAGAACUUGAAGAUUUCAUCCUGUCAUAUAGUGAGCUCCCACGCCUGGAAAAGGGAACAUUGUUGAUAUGUAAUGUUGGUCUUUAUGAUAUCAUUGAAUUAGUAGAUUUUGCUAAUUGUGCUUCAGUCAGGAAUCAUAAGCCUCUUAAAGUCAUGACCCUUACAGAGGAUAAAGUUGAAGACCUAAUCCACACAGUGUUAAUUCGUCUUAAAAAAGCUUAUAAGAAACUAGAAGACAUUUUAGGUAGCAGUUCAGUCAUUUGUUUUUCAGCCAUAGUUCCCCCUGACCCUAUAACACAUUUUUUUGCGCAGGCAAGAAAUCACUUUCCAAAAGGACAUACCACCAUGGGUGGUCUGCUUCGAGAUAAUUUAGAUAGGAUUACGUCUAAGAUUCCAGACCUUUUAUUUUUGCAAGGGUCCAAUAAACAUUGGUUUUUUGAGGUACAAUAA